GAGCUUGUGUGAUUUUAUCCACUUAAUUGGGUCCUACCUUGCCCACGUCUCUUUUUAGUUCUUGUUUUGUUUAAUAUUUUUUUGGGUUCUUUUGUUAGCUUUUUUGAUGUUGUGGAAUUCCAAAGCAACCCUCUUGUAGCUCUGGUAGAAUCUAUCUUUUUAUAUACGCCAAUAUCUGUCUAUCUAUCUAUCUAUCUAUCUAUCUAUCUCUCUUUUGUGCUUCUUUUUAAUUUUGCUUUCUUACCUCACAUUACAUUCUGUGUUGCCUCCACCUCCUCAUUUCUAUCCAUAUUUGCUUUUUGUUGAUGGAUUCUUGAUUUUGGGUGAUUCUCUGAGUGGGUUCUAAACUUUUCAGCCUGAGGUUUUGAUUUGAUUUCAUCAACUGGGUUGGUUUGUGUUGCUGGUGUUCCCGUUCGUAUGUUCUUGUUGUUGGUUUAAGGUUUUAAGCCACAGGAUUUGUUUCUUUGAGGUGGGUUGAUAUUUGAGCGCUGUGAAUUUGGGAAACUUUGUUGGGUGUUGAUGGGAUUGUGUUUGUGAUUUUGGUGGAAGAAAUUGUGGUUUUAGAGAGUUGAAUUUGCGGUGAAGGACUAGAAGAGGAGUGAAGAGAAUGAGAGGAGGAAAAGAUGAGAUAAAGGUGACUAGUCCUAUGUUUCCAAGGCUUCAUGUGAAUGAUACAGAGAAAGGAGGGCCGAGGGCGCCUCCGAGGAACAAAAUGGCUCUUUAUGAACAGCUCAGUGUUCCUUCUCAAAGGUUAGGUUCUGGAUCAGCAUCCAUGUUGCCUCUUCCACCUAGCAAUGGCAGUAACUUGGUUCCCUCAAUGUCAUCAAGCAAUGGUGGUGGUCAUGAAAGGAGUGUUUUAAGCCAAUUCUGCAACUCCCCUACACCUCCGUUUAUCUCUGAGAAAAUUCAUUCUUAUUUUUCCAGUGGUAUAAAGCGGAACACUAUGAUGAUAAAUCAAGAAUGGGAAACCAUGACACCUACAAAUUACCAGAGUCUAAAUGCCGCGGGACCAUUGUCAUCAACUGCUCACAGCUCUUCAUUUAAACCAAGUAACUUCUCCAACUUCAGGAAUUUUGCAUUUAAGAGGCUUGGCGAUGAGAAUGAUUUAAGAGUCCCCAGCUCUGCCCAGUUAGGGAUUGCUCCACAGUGUAGAAAUAGUCAACACAGCAAGGAUAAAAAAUAUAAGGUAAAGAAAGGACCUGGCCCUGGAGAUCUGAAUUCUAGAUCUUCUGAGAAAAAUCAAAAUGAAGAGAAUGCAAAAGUUUCUGAGACAAGUCAGGACCCUGAAGGAAGGUCUACUUUAAAGCCAUUGAGUGGAGAUAGGAAUUUAGCAGACACGUCCUCUAGCCUAGUACCUAAAGUUAAGCAUUUAGAAUCAUUAAAGAGAGCGUGUUCAUCUUUGAACCAAGAAAAUAGAAGCAGUUCGAUUGAUAUUUUAAAUGAUUUGCAUGGUACUAAUGCUCGGUUACAUCUAGAGAGUGAGGCUUUGAGGGACGAGAUGGUCCUUAGAGAUGGAAUUUUGAUUGAAACCAUGACAGACAUGGACAAGGAAAAUUGUUCUAAAGUGAGAAAUGAAUCAUGUUUGAGACCAUCACUUGGAGAUAAUAAUAUCAUUCCUUAUGAAAUUGAGAAUUGCAAUGAGUACCUUGAAGAGCAAAAUGGCAUAUCUGUGCAAGUGAGAGAGGUAGACAGACAUGAUGAUGUUUCUAGUACCUCCAUGGUGGAUUCACCAUCAGCUUUGGUUAUUUCCCCUGAUGACAUUGUAGGAUUCAUUGGUGAGAAGCAAUUCUGGAAAGUGAGAAGAGCUAUUAUUAAGAGCCCAGAAGCUUGUGCAACCGGUUCAACAUCCAUGCACAAUGAUCAUAUCAAUGUUUUUCGCCAGCAAAGAGUCUUUGAAGUUCAAGUGUUUGAGUUGCAUAGACUAAUGAAGGUACAAAAAUUGAUUGCCAAAUCACCACAUUUGUUGUCUGAAGAUAACCUCUAUAUAAAAAAACCUUCAUUAAAUGUACCUCAAGUGAAGAGAAUGCGAUCUCAGUAUGAUUUAGAAACAUCACCUCGUAUUGUGAAGGCUAAAGAUCAUUCUGAGAAGCCGGAUCUGAAUGCUGAAUCUGCAGAUGAGAAUGCAGUUGCUAAUCUUCCUCAUUCUUCUGUCAACAAUGACACCAGCAAAGGACUUGGGACCCAACAAUCAAAUUAUUUGGUAAAUGAACCAACAGCAGCUCCAACAAGAAAUAUCAAGCCAUCUCCAUGGUGUUUCCCACCGCCUGGAAAUCAGUGGUUAGUUUCAGUAAUGUCUCCUUCAGAAGGACUUGUCUAUAAGCCCUACACAGGUCCAUGCCCCCCAACUGCAGGAUUUGUGGCACCAAUUUAUGGCAGCUGCGGUCCUAUGAGCUUGAAUCCUGUAAGCGGACACUUCUUGAACACAGCUUAUGGUAUUCCAGCAUUGCACCACCAAGGGUUUGGAAUUCUUCCAGGGAAUACGCCUUUGGAUCAGACAUACUUUCCACCAUAUGACAUGCCACUAAUGAAUCCAUCUGUUUCCAGUUCAGCUGUUGAACAAAUGAGUCCGUUUCCUGCAGCCAGGUCGAAGGAUGAUCAUUUCUCAAUGGUGGACAUUAACUUCAUGAUACCUCAUCAAAGUUCACUUAAUAUGCCAAGCCCGGUCUCUCAUUUUGGAAAAUUUCAGGUUUCAAAAGAAAGUGAGGUACAGGGAAGUACAGCAAGUAGUCCCUGUGAAAGAGCCACCGGGGACGCACUUCCUCUCUUCCCCAUGGAACCAAUAGUUCAAGCAUCUAUUAAUGAUCAAACCUGUGAGAAGCAAACACAGGUGAUUAAAGUUGUACCUCACAACCGUAGAUUAGCAACAGAAUCAGCUGCCCGGAUUUUCCAGUCCAUACAAGAAGAAAGAAAACACUAUGAUUAAUGUAUCUUGCAAUUCACAUUAUAUCUGUUUCUUAUUAGACAUUAUUAAGUGAAACAUAUUAAUCUAUUAGAUAUUCAAUGCUUCUGUAUCAGUAAUCAUAUGUUUACGAAUUACAUUCAGAAGAUGCACAAAGUCUAAAUGAUUGAAAAGGAUCUAUUUUUCUUAGUUAUGUUGGUUCUUCCAAGUUAGUGUUCUACUGUUUCCGGAUACUAUAUUUUUGAAAUGAAAAAGCACUGAACUCAUUGCCUAUGGUUGAAAGCUUUGGCUUUAAA